GCUGACUCGACAUGCGACAUGAAGAGAUGGAGAGAAGCCCAGGCUCCGUCAGAAAGGACCAUCUGAACUAAUACACAGCAGAAGUUCCGGAGUUAGGUAGUCAGCCCUCUGGAGUUGAACCUCGCUCUCGCGCAAACUCCUGAUGAUAACCUCCGCUCACGGCAAGCAAAACUUGCAAAUAUCGGGUCAAUGCGGAAUAGCGUAACUAACUACCUGCAUAUGCACUUAAUGCUAACAGCUUGGUCCGGGAUGGAGGGCCGCCCGGCGGCGGGGAAGCUUUUGGCCGAGCCUCUGAUUGCCCCUUCUGGUCCAGACCCUGGCCAACACGCCGACCGCCGACCGCCGACCGCUGACGACUCCUGGAUGAGGCAGCCACCAAACGACAUCGCGCUCAAGACGAAUCACCAAACCACAUCAUCAUUGAGGAAGUUCACAAAUCUUCGUUAUUUGUGCGACCGAGCUCUUUACGCGACCGGCAAUCCGACGACAAAGAAAACUUGGUACGAGCCACGAACCCAGCCUCGAGCCGCCCCCGUCCGAGACGCCCCACAUUCCCGAGCAGUGCCGGAGCCCAUCGCCGACCCCGACGAACCUCGCGCCAGAUUCCUUUGCCGGCGAGCGCUCCAGUAGCCGUCCGAUUGCCGCGCCGUAAUCCCGCUCCGGGCCGCCAUUACUGAUACUGAAACGAUCGUCCACCGCCGCCAUGAAGCUCUACUACGUCGGUGUCCUUGACAACUCGAAGAAGCCCGCGGUGCAGUUAUGCGCGGCACACGAGCUCAGCGACUUUUCCAGGUUCACCAGAAACGAAUAUGGAAACUUCAUGACCAUGAUCAGCAAGACCGUGGCCGAGCGCACGAAUCCCGGCCAGAGGCAGAGUGUUGAGGAGCAGGACUACGUUGUGCACUGCUACGCCCGGACCGAAGGCGUCGCCGGCGUGAUCAUUACCAAGGACUACCCGCACAUCGCGGCGCACAGUGUUCUCUCCAAGCUCAUGGACCAGUUCCUCUCCGAGGUCCCCCUUUCCACCAUCCGCGCCGCCACCAAGGACGGCGAUGUCUCGUUCCCGGCUGUGCAAGACUACCUGAACAACUACCAAGAUGCGAACCAAGCGAGCAGCAUCGCCAAGAUCCAGCGGGAACUGGACGAGACUAAGAUUAUCCUGCACAAGGCUAUCGACAGUGUUCUACAACGUGGCGAGAAGCUCGAUGAUCUGGUCGCCAAGAGUUCCGACCUGAGCGCGCAGAGCAAGAUGUUCUACAAGUCGGCCAAAAAGCAAAACUCAUGCUGCGUGGUGAUGUAAGUGGUGGA